UUUUAUAAUUUCUUGCCCCCAAUUGUUUCUUCAAAGCUCACGAAAACAAACCCUAGGACGUAAAACUGAGGGGCAAAAAUCUGUUUUUCAUCAAGCAUCUGAGAUUUGAACUCCCUAAUUCGGACUUUGGUGAUCGUCUGUACCUGUCUAAUUUCUCGAAAAGACUUUUGAUACCUGUUAAAGAAGAUAGGUGGCUAUGAGAUUCAAAGCUGGGGACACGGUUGAGGUGAUGCAGAGUAAGGAGGUAUUAGCUUCGUGGCGUGCUGCAGAAAUUCUAUCUUGCAGCAGGGAUACUUAUACUAUCCAAUAUGUUUGCUAUCCUGGUAUGGAAAAUAAGCCGCUGGUGGAGGUGGUUUCGAGGAAGUUAUUGAGACCUUGCCCUUCUUCGCUACAAGGUGCCAAGUGUUUCAUAACAGGAGACAUUGUUGAGGUCUUCCAUCAAUAUUCUUGGAAGAUUGCUGUGGUCUUGAAUGUUCUAGGAGGCAAAAACGAAAAUAGAAAUAAUAAGAUCCAUCACAAGGUUUCGACAUGUAAGAAAAAAUAUCUAGUGAGGCUACUUGGGUGUUCAAAGGAAUUGGCUAUUGAUAGAACGAAGGUCAGAGCGAGACAGGCAGCGCAUGAUGUUAAAUGGCUUCAAUUGACAAAGAUUGCUCAAGCUGGGAGUGAUGUAAUAGUGAGCAAGCCAUCAAAGUCAAAUUGUUUUCCGAAUAUGAACUUCCAGGUUCCAGUGUUCAAUUCAAAAUCUAAAUAUCAACCUGGAGAUGAUUGUGGAAGCUUCCAAGAUGAAGCUGCACUGCGGGAAUCUGCUGUUAUCUCUUCAAGAUCCUUAAAGAGGAUGUCACCUUAUAUUUCCUCUGUUGUUGAAGCCAAUGAAGGACCUGUACAAAAAUUUAGAGCAGCUGAGAAAGAAGACCGAAAGCAGCGAAUGGUUGAAAAGGUACAUGCUGUUGCUUACCCGAGAGAAAUUUUGGGUGAAACAUACACGCAUGCUUCCCAUAAUAUUAUAUCAAAUGGAUAUGAUCAAAUGGAGAGGGAAAAGCAAAAUGCUGUGCUUGGAUAUUCAGGGUUCAGAAACUCUGAAUUAAAUUGUUCUGACAGUGAUGUCUGUUCUGUUGGUAGUUGUAGCAUUACUAACCAGAGUCUUAAAAGCUAUUCUAGUUAUUUUAUGCCUGUGCAUUGCCAAGAGACGGACACCCAUAGUGAUGCAGAGUCGUUUAAUGGUUCAGGCUUUGAGAGGGAGAGUUUCUCUCUUCCCCCAAAAGAGGAGGUUGAGGGAGUGAAGCUCGUGCUCAUGCCUAAACUUGGUGCACCAGCCAAUUAUUUCAUGUCUGAUGUUUACGAGAUGCCAAUUAUUGUUCUGUCUGAUCACGGCUUCAGUUGGAGGCAUGUAUCAUUUGCUUCCAAUGGUAUAAAGAUGAUGCCAGUUUGCAACCUUUCUCUUGGCAUUGAACUUUGGACGAUUCAGUCGUCUACUAUCACUGAUAUGCCACGGUUGUGGCCACUCCCUGAUGGAGAGCUGCAGAGCAUUGUGCUCAACCAAGUUUUUGUUGUGAGUCUUGUUUACAGUCACAGAGACUGGUUUUUGGGCAGCUAGCGAUGAACUUAUUCUCAAUUUGAAAAAAAAAAACUCCAAAAAAACAUUUUGGUAGCAUGAGAAAAACUCAAGAAAAACUCCAAAAACAAUUUAAAUGUGAAAAUUUGUGUUCUUGUGUUAGGCUCGCCAUGAAUGAUUAAUAAAUUUGAAUUUGUUUAUCA